AUGACAACAACAAUUGAAAAUUUACAUAACAACAAACGAAAAUUUAUUUCAGAUAAUGAGAUAGAAACAAGUUGUAAUCCAAAAAAAAUCAAAUCAGAACAAACAUCAACAUCAAUUGUUGAUGUUAAUGAUUCUGAUGAGAUGAUGAUAUGUGAAAGUUUCACAUCCAAAGAAAAUGAUACUAAUAAAACAGAUGAUAUAACAAAUAAAUCACAAAGUAUGAUUAUUCCGAAACAUUGCGAUGGUAUAUGCAAUGCUGAUGGAAGUCCGACAUCGUUAAUAAUUCGAUGCUAUUGUGAUCCGUAUCGAUUAAAUUCAUUGAUUCCAUACAAUUCGGAUAUUUAUUAG